UGUAUGCAUAUUAAGGUUUUCAAAUGCAAAACUCUUUACUUAUCAAUCUAUGCAUGCUUGGAUCGGAAGACUGCCCCUGCUACUGCUUUCGAUUGUUCUAAGUGUGCAAAGCAGCUCUUACACUACAAGCCCUCCUUGUGCUGGGCCUUUUUGCAAGACAAAUUUUUGCUAUCCUGGGUUGAACAUUUAUCGUCAUGCAAAUGAAAGGUCG